UUCCCUUCCACGGUUCAGCUUCUCUCUGUCAGUCGCAAAGAGAGAAAUCUCUCGUCGGUGUUCGAUUUCUUGCGCAUUCGCUCAUUCGUUUACAAUCGAGUACUGAUUCCAGAUACUCGGCAAUUUCUGUAAGCUGGCGUGAAGAUCCGUUUAGAAGCCCUAGCUUUUCCGCAUUCGCAAUUUUUUAUUUCUGUGCCUGCUGUCAUGGCGCAUCGGAGAUCAAAGUUAUUGCUGUUUGUAUGCUACGCGUUAUACUGCCUGAUCGCUGUUGCAGCGAAGAGCUACUAUGAUGUUCUCCAAGUUCCGAAAGGCGCCUCGGAUGACCAAAUAAAGCGUGCGUAUCGGAAGCUCGCGUUGAAGUAUCAUCCGGACAAAAAUCAAGGGAAUGAGGAGGCGAACAAGAGAUUUGCGGAAAUUAACAAUGCUUAUGAAGUUUUAUCGGAUAGCGAAAAGAGAGGUAUAUAUGAUAGAUACGGUGAGGAAGGUCUCAAGCAGCAUGCGGCUAGUGGUGGGAGAGGAGGAGGUGGCGGUAUGAACAUUCAAGAUAUAUUUAGCUCUUUCUUUGGUGGAGGUCCCGCUGAAGAGGAAGAGAGGGUUGUCAAAGGUGAUGAUGUUAUUGUUGAUUUGGACGCCACACUUGAAGACCUGUAUAUGGGGGGUACUUUGAAGGUUUGGAGGGUGAAAAACGUAAUAAAACCAGCCCCAGGGAAGAGGCGCUGCAACUGUAGAAAUGAGGUUUACCACAAACAAAUUGGUCCUGGGAUGUUUCAGCAGAUGACGGAGCAGGUAUGUGAACAGUGCCCAAAUGUGAAGUAUGAAAGGGAAGGUGAUUUUAUCACCGUGGAUAUUGAGAAAGGAAUGCAGGAUGGACAGGAAGUGCUGUUCUAUGAAGAAGGUGAACCAAUAAUUGAUGGUGAAGCAGGAGAUCUUAAGUUUCGUGUACGUACUGCACCCCAUGACCGCUUCAGAAGGGAAGGCAAUGAUCUGCAUACAACAGUCACCAUUACUUUGGUUCAAGCCCUUGUUGGUUUUGAGAAGACUGUUAAACACCUCGACGAGCAUUUAGUGGACAUCAGCUCCAAGGGAAUCACAAAACCGAAGCAAGUGAGGAAGUUUAAAGGGGAAGGCAUGCCGUUACAUUUCAGUAACAAGAAGGGUGAUUUAUACGUGGCCUUCGAGGUUAUUUUCCCGACAUCAUUGACGGAGGAGCAGAAGACAAAGAUCAAGGAAAUACUACCCUAGCUAUAACAUUUUAUUUUGUAGCAAGAUUUGAGUUUUACAUAAUCUUUAGCUGUUGGAACAUUUUUAUGCUCUUCACAAUUUUGUUAAAAUUGUAGAGAUCCUUUGUGAAGGGAGAGAUGUAACCAUUCAGAUUCUUUCUUCCUCGUACUAUCGAAAACUCAACUCCCACAUUUGGUCGUUCCA